GCGAUACAUCAUCUGACCAAACUGUCUAAGUUUUUUUUUUUAUAUCAUCGACAAAAAAUUUUCAUCGGCUUUGGAAUGAAAGCAGUUGAUAAAAUUGAUAAAUUUCGUUUGGAAAAGCGUGAUUGUUACAAUAUAAUAAUUAUCUCGUAAAGGAUAUGUUUGUGCCUAGUACUGUUUGGAGAUGGGUAAUCAGCCAAGCGUUGAUGCAAAAGGACAGAGAAAGAAAAAAAUUGUUAUGGACCGGCUUCGUAAAAGUCUAAGAGAUAGUUUUAGAAAAAGAAGGGAUCAUGUUCCAGAAUGUAGCAAACCACACCAAUGGCAGGCUGACGAAGCAGCAGUAAGAGGUGGAACAUGCAAUUUUUCUGUAAAGUAUUUAGGAUGUGUUGAAGUAUUUGAAUCUCGAGGGAUGCAAGUAUGUGAAGAAGCAUUGAAAGUUCUCAGGAAUUCAAGAAGACGACCUAUUAAAGGCACUUUAUAUGUUACUGGUGAUGGUUUACGUGUAGUUGAUGAUGAAACCAAGGGAUUAAUUGUUGAUCAAACUAUUGAAAAAGUUUCAUUUUGUGCACCUGAUCGAAAUCACGAAAGGGGAUUUUCAUAUAUAUGUAGAGAUGGAACAACACGUAGGUGGAUGUGUCAUGGAUUUUUAGCUUUGAAAGAUUCAGGUGAACGUCUAAGUCAUGCAGUUGGCUGUGCAUUUGCUGUUUGUUUAGAAAGAAAACAAAAGAGAGAUAAAGAAGCUGUAACUAUGAAUUUUGAUCCACAGACUGCAACAUUUACUCGUAUGGGGUCUUUUCGCCAGACUUCAUUAACUGAAAGAAUGCAAGAUCCACAGGAAUGCAAACCUGCAGAACCACCUCCAGUGAAACAAGUUCAUAAUCCAUUUGCCAUUGAAAGACCUCAUGCAACUCAAGUAAUGCUUCAGAGACAGGGCUCAUUUCGUGGAUUUAGUACUUUAAAUCAAACUUCUCCAUUUAAACGGCAAUUGUCAUUACGUUUGAAUGAUCUUCCUUCAACAUUAGAACGGCAAAGAGCAAUGUCUCUUGAAUCAUCUGAUGUUUUUUUUAUACAAAAUGGACCUACAG